CGCGUCUCACACACCACCACCAUGUCUAGGUCCUACGAUCGCGCUCUUACCGUCUUCUCCCCGGAUGGGCAUCUGUUCCAGGUCGAAUAUGCAUUGGAAGCUGUACGCAAGGGGACCUGUGCGGUCGGCGUCCGCGGCAAGGACGUUGUCGUACUAGGCGUGGAGAAGAAGUCCGUGCUGCAGCUGCAAGAUCCCCGUACUGUCCGGAAGGUCGCCAUGCUGGACGACCACGUCUGCCUUGCCUUUGCCGGCCUCACCGCUGAUGGUCGCGUCCUAAUCGACAAGGCGCGGAUAGAGUGCCAGAGCCAUCGGCUAACGGUCGAGGACCCUGUCACCGUGGAAUACAUCACCCGCCACAUCGCUGGAAUCCAACAGAAAUAUACCCAAUCCGGAGGCGUCCGGCCAUUUGGUGUCUCCACUCUCCUGGUUGGCUUCGACCCCAACGACACCCGGCCACGCCUGUACCAGACGGAGCCGGGAGGAAUCUACAGCGAGUGGAAGGCCAAUGCUAUCGGCCGUUCCUCGAAGACCGUCCGCGAGUUCUUGGAGAAGAACCACAAAGACGAGAUGUCACGAGAGGAGACGAUCAAACUCGCUGUAAAGAGUCUGCUGGAGGUCGUACAGACCGGCGCGAAGAACAUCGAGAUCACUGUCAUGGAGAGUUAUGCCAAGAUCACGACUCUCGACCUGGCCCAAAUUGAGGCCAUCGUCGCGGAGAUCGAGCGCGAGAAGGAGGCCGAGGCGGAACGGAAGCGUUCGAGACUGGCUGCGACGGCUGCGGGGCAGGCAGCAAUGUCGCAGGCGGCGGGGGGGCAGUGAAGAUGUUUUCUACUUGCAUUGUAUUGUAUCGUGCACUAUCGAUGUCGCUCUGGACUUUCCGACUUGCUCCGAAC